AUGAAGACGCUACACCCGCUAACGCAGCAUGAAGAAGCCCCACUGGCUGCACCGACGCCGCAGAAGAUGACAACCCCGACCAUGACGCGAACUGCCUUCGAAACGACGCCUCCACCCAGAAACGCUUCGACGAUACGCCCUACCCGCGACUCGAAUACGCGACGAAGCCGUAACCCGACGCCGAGGGCGACGUGCAAUGCAAGAGCCAAGACAUCCGACUUAGAAGUGGCUAUCGACGGUAGGAAAGUCACUGCUCUAGUUGACACAGUAGCCGAUUACUCAGUGAUGAGUGGAACAUUCGUUGCGCAGCUGAGGAAAGUCACGACCGCUUGGGAUGGCCCACAAAUUCGCACCGCAGGUGGCCACCUCAUUACGCCAUCAGGACGAUGCACAGCGCGAGUGACUGUCAAAGGACACACCUAUCCUGCGACCUUUGUUGUGCUACCGCAAUGCUCCCGCGAAGUGUUCCUGGGCUUGGAUUUCCUUAGUGAGCAUCAGGCGAUCAUCGACCUGCGAUCCAAGCUGAUUAAGCUUUCGACGAACGAGGCCAUCCCUUCGAUGAGAACUCUGGGAAAUCACUGUGCCCUGAGCAUCCUGAAAGAAGAAGUGAGCGUCCCACCCCGUUCAAGCAUUAUCGUGACCGUAGGUGCCAUGAAAGCCAUUAACUCUGAAGGCAUCAUCGAGGGCAACAGGCAGUUGCUUCUCGACCGAGGAAUCGGUAUCGCAAGAGGCAUCGCACAUUUCUGCAACGGCCACACCGAAGUACUGCUGACUAACUUCAGCGAAGAAUACCGGCACAUUAACAAAGGAACGGCGAUUGCUUUUUUCGACGAAAUAUCCGACGUACGGGAUUCCUUCGCUCUCUCCGACCCAUCCGCACAAGAUUCGUCUGACCAUGAGAACUCGCCCAUUUUCGACAUCAACCCAGCUCUGCCCCAGAACAGACAAUACCAGAUCCGCAAUCUGCUUCAAAGUUACAGCCAGUGUUUUUCGUCAUCGCCAAAGGUCCGACAAACGCCAACUGCCAAGCAUCGCAUUAUAACCGACCAGCACGCCCGACCUCUCCGUCAAAGCCCCUACCGUGCGUCGCCGCGAGAACGACAAGCCAUCGGGAACCAAGUGGAAGAAAUGCUUCGCGAUGACGUCAUCCAGCCAUCAAACAGCCCAUGGGCUGCACCGGUUGUUCUAGUGAGAUAG